AUGCGAAUAUUCCACUUCAGGUUCUGGAGGUUUGGGAGGUGGGUGGACGUUGUGAUCGAUGACAUGCUACCAACAGUUAACGGCAGGCUCAUUUUCGUCCAUUCGAAAACUCCCAAUGAGUUUUGGCCCGCCUUGAUGGAGAAAGCCUACGCCAAAGUGUGUGGCUCCUACGCAGACAUGAAUGCAGGGACCCUUUCAGAGGCUAUGAUGGACUUCACUGGAGGGGUUCACAUCACGUUCAAGCUUGCUGAAACUCAACCAAAUCUCUGGGACCUCCUGUUCAGAGCUGCCAAGUUCAAAUCUCUGAUGGGGUGUAACACACCUCAAAGGGAAACAUCAGCGAAUGCGGUGGAACCCAACGGAUUAGUGAGGGGUCAUGCUUACACCGUCACAGGAGUUCUACAGAURAUGAGCCAAGGCAAGCCAGUGAAUCUGAUCCGCCUCUUCAACCCCUGGGGCUAUGGAGAGUGGAAGGGAGACUGGAGCGAUAAGUCUUCCAUGUGGAAAACAGUGAGUCCUGCCGACCGGAAGAUGUAUCUGUCAGUGGAGGAGGAUGGGGAAUUCUGGAUGACAAUGGAAAACCUUUGUCAGCACUUCUCAGAUGUGACUAUCUGCUGUCUGUGCCCUGAUUUUCUUGACGGCAACUCUYAAGGUCAUUGGACGCCUUCUUUCCAUGAUGGCAGAUGGGUCGCAGGGACCACUGCUGGUGGUUGCAUUCUGUUCSGAGACAGUUUCUGGACCAAUCCCCAGUAUCGAGUGAAGAUUGAGGGAUUUGACAGGGACUUCUCUGAGACACAGGGGGACAACAACAUGCUUGUGUCUCUGAUGCAGAAGCCAGACAAGAGAAACCGACGCCUGGUCAAAAGUGUCCACAUCGGCAUCAACAUCUUCGAGGUACCUGCCCAACUCACACCUACUGACAAUAGAGAAGAUAUGAGCAACAAACAAACUCUUUUUCGGGAAUAUUCUGAUCAGUUUGAGGAGGUGGAUGCUGAACAGCUUCAGAGAAGUCUGGAUGAAAAACUCCUCCAAGGAUGUGCAAAGAAAACACAAGGAUUCAGCUUGGAGUCCUGUCGAAGCAUGGUGGCUCUGAUGGAUACAUCAAUCACUGGAGACUGAACAGUGACGAAUUUCUAGUCUAUGGAGAAAAGUACCAUUUACAAGGAUAUCUUCUGUUCAGAUGUGGACCGUUCUGGAAUGUUGUCAUCGAGUCAACUGAGGAACCAAUCAUGGCUUCAGGGAUCAGGCUGAGUGAUAGCCUGCUGACCUGAUGCUCUGCGCUACGUGGAUCUUCUGGAAACAUAGCCUGGAGAGUUUCAUAGCCUCGUCCUGCGCA